CAUCGGUUAUUUGUGGACCCUCCCCGGGCUGUUAAUCAUGGCAGUCCUCGGCAUGGCUCUGACAUAUGAGGGACUUUAGCUUUUCUGAUGGUUUACUAAACGUUUGAGAAGCCAACUUCUAUCUAUUUGGUUUUCAUACUGCAGUUAUGGGGUAGUUGUUGUGAGCUGGGCAGCGUUUGUUUCGUAACUAUCUUUUUUUUAUUUUUGUGCUGUCAAACCAUCGCGAUUCGCGUCCAGACAUGUUCAGCUCGACACCCAACACCGGCGCGCUGCGCUCGGAGGAGAGUUUCAGCAGCGGCAGCAACAUCUUAGUCCGAUUCCAGCUGAGAGCCGCCGGGAGACAUGAAGCUAAAGCUAACGUUAGCAUGGAGAGUUGGGCGAGAGAAGAGGACGAAGAAGAAGAAGUCCAGUUCGACACUUCUGACACAGAUAAUAACCAUGAGGUGUUAAUGGCAGAAAGACAUUACCCGUCCAUCCAAGAGUUUACCUCUGCGAUCCCCAACCACCUUCUCCUGGGCUCUCUUCUGGAGCAGCUGUGCUUCAUCUACGAGAGGAAUCCAACACGCUCAAAUAGGCUGUUCAAAGUCAUUGGCCAGCAUUUAGCAGCCUUGAAACUCCUCUCACCUCUGGCCAUAAGUGAUGAGUUCAGCACGAUCAGACUGCAGCACAACCGGGCCUUCACUGAGCUGCUCAACGCUGCCACCUCCUCAAUGUACCCGCAGGGUCUUGGCACAAACACGUAUAAUCUUCCUGUAAGACUUAAGGAGGGACUUUUUCAAGCACAGACGUCGCGGUAUCUCAGUGAGUUCGAACAACUCUUUAGGCUUGGGAAAGGAUCAUAUGGAAACGUUUUUAAGGUUAUGAACAAACUUGAUGGACAAUUUUAUGCUGUGAAGAAAAUUCUCAUCAAAAAAGUCUCAAAAGAUGACUGUAUGAAGGUCCUCAGGGAGGUCAAAGUUUUGUCCAGCUUGCAGCAUGUAAAUGUUGUGGGCUAUCACACUGCAUGGAUGGAACAUGUUCAGCUUGCACCACAGUCUCUCCUGCCUGAACUGGAUUCACCUGAACAAGAGGACAAUUCUGAUGAAAGCUUGUCUAUAGUUUUUCGAAGCCUCACUCAAGCAUCAACAGAUGCAGCUGCCUGUGACCGAGUGUCACCGAGUGAGACCCCGUCUGUCAAAGCUCUAGUUCCAGCCCAAGAGAAGGGCCAGGUGGUGUGUCCCCAGACGAUGCACCGCAUCCCGGAGAACUACGUCCCCUGUGUGUUUCUGGGGCAAAAAGGUCCCAUAAAGAGCUCCAAAUGUCCAGCCAUGGGUUGGGACAGCUCCGAACUGUUAGAGGAGGAGUCUGGUAGGAUCGAGCUGAACGACAAGUCCUGCAUCGACGAACAGUGGACUAACGGAUUCCCAACUUCUACAGAGGUGCAGUUCCACCUGAUGCUCUACAUCCAGAUGCAGCUUUGUGAGCGCUCAUUGAAGGACUGGAUCUCUGAGAGAAAUGAAAAGCCCAAAGAAGAACAAACCUCCAAAUGUCCGUAUGGAUGUGUGGAUACUGAGCAAACCCUCAGCCUGUUGAGGAACAUACUUGAAGGGGUGGAGUAUAUUCACUCCAGAGGAAUCAUGCACAGAGACCUGAAGCCGAGGAACAUUUUCCUCCAUGCUCAGGACUGCCAUGUUCGGAUUGGGGACUUUGGUUUGGCCUGUGGCAGAAUAAUAGCAGAUGGACACAAAAGCACCGCGUCUCCCCUCAGCGGUUCUUCGCACACUGGUGGUGUUGGCACAGUUGUCUAUGCUGCACCAGAACAAUUGAAUGGAUCCCAUUAUGAUUCAAAGUCAGACAUGUACAGUAUUGGAGUGCUGGCUCUCGAGCUAUUCCAGCCCUUUGGGACGGAGAUGGAAAGGGUCCGGACCCUUGGGGACCUGAAAGAGGGGAAAAUCCCAGACUCCUUCUGCCAGAGAUGGCCCGUCCUGACGAAAUACAUCAUGAAGCUAACGAGUAAAGAGCCUAGUGUUCGUCCCACGGCCAGCCAGCUUCUACAGAGCCAACUCUUCUGCACCAAAGACAUGGUGAUCCAUGGUUUGCAGAGGAGGGUUGAAGAGCAGGAUGAGGAGAUCAUGAAGCUGAGGAGACAGAUCAGUGAGCUUCAGAUCUCACAGGUCACAGCCAGUUUGUCAGAGUCGGACAACACCUGAACAUUAACAAGAAAUAUCCAGACUGACAGAACUUGAUUCAUGUAACCACUGUGCUAUGAGUAUGUGUGUUGAUGUGCGUGUGUGUGUGUCUGUCUGAUACACCUGGAUGCAAGGAGGCAAUUAUUUAUCUUCAUUCAGCUGUUCAAUAAAAAAACUAUUUAUGCUA